AUGGGAUGUGUAGGAGGAAAGCAACAUAACAAUUAAAAACUUUAGGAAAAUUUAAUCUAAGAACCUUCAUUACCUAUUGAUAAAUCAACUCCAAUAGAAAAGCUAAGUUUCAUUCUAAGCCAUCCAAUUACAGAUCACCUUCAAAUGAAAAAGUAUAAUAAGUAUUUAUAUAGAUAAAACUAUGAUAAACUAAUAAAUAAGUUAGUUAUGUAGAUGAAUAUAUAAAAAAGUGAAUAUUUAUCUUAUCAUCAACUAUUAGUUGAUCAUUUUUUAAAUUUUAAAGGGUAAUAAAAUUAAACCUAAGAACUUAUUGAUUAAGCAAUACAUUUUAUAAAUUUAGAUUUCAAAUAAUUCAUUAAUUUAGAAUCAUUAAUGAGUUAAGCAGAUUUACAACUCUAACUGAAAAUUUUUUAAUUUUUAAUUGACUUAUACUUAAUUUUAAACACUAUUAAGCCAGGUGGAUAAGAAAUAAAUUAUUGGUUUGGUGAUUAUAUGAAAAAAUAUGAAGAACAAGGUCAUCAAAUUCCCUCAUAAAACGAAGAAAUAAAUACUUAAAUUUAAUUUUUAAAAUAAAUUUUAAAAUAAUUAAAUGAAAAUGUUCAAAAGACAAUAAUAAGCAUAUAAUAGCAUUAAAAAUAAUAGUAAAAUAGAUAAAAUAUAAUUUAAGGCAACUCAUAAAAAUAAGUAGCUUUAAGGAUGAAGUGAUUUCUAAAAGUACUAUUUAAAGUGAAAAAAGUAUCAUUCAUCAUGCUCGAUAAUAAAAUUAAAAAUACAAAACUCCAAAUUGA